CUCUUUUUAAUUGCAAAAUAAUGUGUAUGGGUGCGAAUUUAGAGAAUAAGGAAAUUUUUAAUUCCUCUUCAAUAUAUUUUGUUAUACACAUGUGUUUACUCUUGGAAAAUUUUGAAAAGACAUGAAUUUGUACAAAAAAAUUACUGCAAAAAAAUUGGAAUCCUGUCGAAUUUCUCUCCUUUAAAGACACUAGUAUAAUAUUAUAAAUUGUGGAAGUCGGAUCGGAAACAUUAUACUUUAUUUUAAUGGAACUUAUUUUAGUAAUUAUUUGAAAAUAUAUAAAUAUCCAAAUACAAUUUACUUCAAUUCUAAUGUAGUAAAUGACCUUAAAUAAUCAUCGAAAUAUUAUCUUUAACUAAAAUUAAUUAACUUUUUAUAGUUACCAAUGCCUCAAAAUUAUUUUAAACCUUAAGGAAAAAUACAUACAUAUAUGUACAGAAAUAAAUUGAAGAAUUUUGCGAAUCGAAAAAUAUUUGAAAGUGGCUUUUCACCCAUUAUUUGUAGUUUUAAGCUCGUUGCUAAAUUAUAUACUAUACUAAAAUCCAAGACGGCGAUAUUAAUUCUCGAGCGCUAAUUUUAACAGAUACAAUCGGCGGACGACAAUGCAUACUGCAUGCGGAAUAAAGAAUGUUGCAACAACUGCAAGUACAGCGACUACUUCAGAGACUGCUAGUGGUGUCAUUAACAUAAAUAAUUUACAAGAACAAACUCUAAUUCAUAACCUAGAAUAUAACAAUUGUAACCGUGAUAAUAGUCAUAAUAAUCAUAAUAGUCAUUCGAAUAAUAGUCCCAAUAAAACUUGUUCGUUAAAAAAUAGUUGCAAUGACGAUGACUUAUUAUUUAUAUCAGCAUCAUCAUCAAUCACAGAUUUCUGCGAGAAAAUUCCAACACCAAGCGAAAGGAGUACGAUUAAUAAUUUAGCUGAAGUCAGCGAUUUUCUUUCAUUAACACCAUCCACUCCCAAUAAAACUAAAUUAGUAAUCUCAAAACCUCAAAUAAUAAAAAGGGCUAGCAAAAAUUCAACUGAUAUCGAAGAAAUACCUGUUUCAGCAGAUUUUAAAUCAACAAUUUUCGAGCCAGAAUUGUCCUCAAACCUUACCAAUUCUUUAACAUGUUCCAAUACUUCCUCGCAUUCUAUUUGCCCUUCGGUUAAAAGCGAAGCACUUCCCCCAAAUGCGAUAACAAUUAAUAAUGAUAACGGUAAUUCAGCAACACCACAAUCUGCACUAGAAACAACAGAAAUGUCAGCUUCAUCAAAAAAAGAAUCGACAACGUUAGCUAAGUCAGUAGUAUCACCAAAUUUAUUUCAACGUAUUGAAUAUGGAGACCUAUUACAAUGGAAGGAUAUGCCCAAACAUUUGCAAUUUAAUCCUUAUGUUUUGACGGGCUAUAGACCUUUAUCUUCAUUUGGAGGAUGCGUUUUUAGUUUAUUUUACUGGCACAAUGAAACGAUUAACAUUUUAACUCAUGGAAUACCAAUCGUAUAUAUACUAGCAACGGUUCCAAGUCUUAUGCCUUGGGAAGGAGAUUUUCGAUUCCUGUCUUUCUGUCAUAUAUUUGGCGCUGUAGCACCAUGGUGCGGAAGCUUUGUAUAUCAUCUUUUUAUGAACUUGGAGCAUGGUGAAAACAUUUAUUACCGUUUAUUACAAAUUGACAUGGUGGGAAUAUGGAUAAGUCAAAGUUUUGGAGCUCUUCCCAUGGUGACGGCAUCAGUUUAUUGUUUUGGUAGCAAAAUGAAAUGGUUUAUGAUAAUUGGCUAUUGUAUAUUAAGCCUAUGGGGGCUGUACAAGGCACUUAAUGCAUCAUCACCAUGGCAAAGGCGGCUUUGUUUUGCAUUACCAUUUACAAUGCGCGUGUUUUUAACAUUCUUUAGAACUCUGAGAUGGGUGGGUGGCAAUCCUCAGGCAUUAACUCAUGUUUACCUCCAGGAUUUGGUAUCUGUUUUCGGUGGUGCUAUCGGAGCAAUGCAUAUUCCAGAAAAAUGGUUUCCAGGAAGUGUUGAUUUAUAUUUGAACUCUCAUAAUAUAAUGCACGUUUUAGUUGUUGUGGCUGUUUAUUCAAUGCAUAAGGCAACUGUCAGUGACUUUGAAUGGAUGUCGAAAAUUGAAUGCAAUUACUUUUAUAAUUCAACUACGACAAUAGAGAAUUCAAUAAAUCAUAAUUUUGAACUAUGACCACUUUAUUAUCUUAGAAACGCAUUAAUACAUAAUUGUUUAGUAAAAAUGUUGUAGAGAUAUAUAUGUAUACAUAUUCAUGGAUACAUAAAAAAUGUCCAUGUAUAUAUGUAUAUAUGAUAUAAAAGUAUAAAAAUAUUUCCAUAUUUACUUACAUAAUAUAAUAUUAAUAUAUAUAUAAACUAUAUUUAACUUUUAAAGUACAUAUUACAUGUAAAAUCAAACGAGUAAUUAAAAAUAUUAAUAGAAAGAAAAACAAUAAAAACCAUACUCAAUAAAUUUUUAAAAUAUCAAUUUAAAUUUACUAAAAAGAGAAAGUAAAUGCAAUUGUGCUAAAUAUAAGAACAUUAUUAAGUGAUCAAAGAAGUCUUAAAAUAAGUGAAAAAAUAUAAAAUUACGUAAAAGUAUAUUAUAUAAAAGGUAAAUAUAUUGUAAAAUGUAUACAAUUUUAGAACAAUGAAGUUUCUUACAUGCGGUACAAUAAAUUAAAAUUAUAGUAUAUUAUUAUAACUUCCAAUAUACCGUUAUUGAUUAAUGCGGUUAAUAACUUUAAUUAAAAUAUUUGUAGUUUAAGUUAAAAAAAAUUCUUUAUGCCAAUUAAGUUUCAUCAGAAAUAUUCAUUUAUCAGGAAUUGUUUAAUUUUACAAUUACCUAUUAUACCCGCGAAUUCAAAUUGUAGUCUUACUGUAUUCUAAUGAAACAAAGUUCAUAAAUUAAAACUAAUAAGCUGAGCUAAGUAUUAAUAUUCUAUUACUGCAUUUUUAAAAUUAAACAUUUUUUCAUGAUAUUUUGCAUAAUAAUUAAGUAUAUAUUUUCGAUUUAUACCUUAUUCAUAUUGUUAUUAGCAUUUUUGACAUUUAAUUUGUAAUGAAACUUUUAUUGCGUUCAAAAGGAAUAAUUUUAUUCUGGUCUUGUUUGAAAAAGCUUUUCCUCCUGGACCGAUUCAAUCUUUAAAGCCACCUGUGAUAAGAUAAGAAACAUAUAGUUAUAACCAUUUUCACAAGAAUAAAAGAACAAAAAAAUGUAAGAACAAAAGAGUCUUUCAACAAUAAAAUCUUGUAUAAUCUCGUCAGUUUUAUCUCUUAAACUACUUGAGUUUUAAAAAAUAGCUAAAGAUCAAAUGUGCAAGUACAAUUUAUCCUUUGAGAUGAGGUACAUGUGCAAUUAUGUACAUAUUUUAACUUGAAUUAUAACGGUUUAUUUGAAAAUAUCAAUAAUUAUUUCAAAAGACAACGGUUUCCAUUCCCAAUAGACAUUUUCAUUUUCUAAAAAUCACUUAUUAUAGUGUUUUUGUAUCGACUUUUGCAAAGAGGAAUCACAAAAUAUUUUUGGGGACAAAAAUUGAUAAACGGAAAAUUACUCAGCUAUUAUUAAAAAAUAUUGUAAGUGCAUAUUGAGAGGCUAGAUUACUGAAAUUUUACAUAAACAUGAAGAGUAUAAAGGCUAAAAGAUUCAUAAAAAGUUGUAAAAAUUGUAUGAGCAAUUGCAUACAAUGUUAGCAAUACAAAGUACAAUGCAUAUGAGUCAAAAAUAUUUACAUAUAUGGUUGAGAAAAGAUUUUUUCAGUAACUAUAUGGUGUGGUUGUGGCUCUUAAUUAUAAAAUUUGUUAAUUUCGAAAUAUAAUUUUCAAAAUUAUAUAUUAAGCCAAAAUUACAUUUGAUCCUGAUGUAAACCUUAUUUAACUUUGUCCGGAUGUUAUUUUGUGUAUAAUAUAAUUGUCUUCAUAUAAUGUAUUUUUUUCAUAAGGUAGAACGUUCUGUUUCAUUUUCGUUUUCUCCGAAAAAUUGAAUAUUCUUAAAGUGAGUUUUGCUUAUGCAUAUCUUAAGCAAUAAAAUACUCAAAAAACAGCAGUAAUAAAAAAAUCACAAAUGUUGGGUUAUAUUUGUGUAUGAAUAACUUUCAUAAAAAGUAUUUGGUACAUAAAAGUAAUGGUAUUUCAGUUCUCUUGAAGAAAUUCCUUUUUCCCACAGCAUAAAGACAAUUUUUUAUUUUUGAAAAACAUUUCAUUUUAAAAAAUUUUAUGAACCGUUGCAUAUGGGAAAAUUUUUUUUUUUGUGUUUGAAACAAAAACAUAUUUAUUAUUAAUAACUUAUAUGUGUACUUUAUACAUACAUACAUACAUCUUUGUUUUCUGUUUUUUGAAAAAGGCGAGCCUUUAUUAGAAUAUUUGAACAGCGAAACAAAAUUAUCUAUAAUUUUAAAAUUUUAAAACCUAUGUAUGUAAAAAUCUAUAUGCGUGAUGUAUGUAAAUACUUAAACAAUGUAUAUAAAUAUCAGUAAACACGCAUUCUAAUAUAAUUAUAUGAAAUUUUAAUAUUAUGUAUUCACAUAUAAUAUUUGUAUGUACUUAUAUCUGUAUACACAUGCAAAAUAAUAUUGAUUAUUAUUAUAUAUGUAAUUUGUAAAUUAAAAAUUAUAGGAAAUGUAUAUUAUUUUAUUUUAUUAAUUUAUAGUAUUAGAUUAUAAUUAGUUAAUACAUAACAAAUAUAUAUGUAUAUAGGUAUAAUAAUAUUGUAACAAAAUGCAUAACAAUAAAAACCAAUUCCUUUUUCUGUUAGUGUCUUAAGAUCGUUCAGAUGUUUUUAAUUUAUUUAAAUUUAGAUGAACUCAAAAUUUAUUUAAUUAAAUUAAAAAGAAAUUAAAAGAACCUAUAAACAAAUGCAUCUAAAAUGAGAAUCACAACGCAUUUCUUGUUAAGAAAAGAAUUAAAAAUAAAAAUAUUCAUUAAAAUGUGAUUGAAACGAAAACUUUUUAUUUUAUUUCUUAAAUUUUCAUAUACAUACGAGAAAAAAAUGGCAUAGUUUGUGUCAUUUCGUGAUCGCACUGUAUAAAAAAUUUUAUUAGGAUUUUCUAUGUAUGUAUGUAUAUUAUUUAAGUACAUUGCAAACUCAACCUAGCUAGCUUAACUCAAUCAUUAUUACGAGUUCGUUUUAAUUAAAUAGUAAACUUCAAAUUGAGAGAAAAAAAAAUUGGUUUUAAAUAUUCCUAAUUUUCAGAACUAUUUAUAAUUAAAUUAUUUUAGUUGAAUUAUUGCGAUUUUUUAAGGUAAACAAAAAAAAGGAAUUGUAUUAACUCUAUAUUUAGUUGUUUUGGGGUUUACUUUCAAAUAUGGUUAUCAUGAAAUGUAAUAGUCUUCUGAUUUUGGUUAUACAAAUGUUUUUAUUUCCUAAAAACCGCUUUUUUAAGAUUUUUUUAACGAAAAGCGAAAAACAUUUUUUUUCAUCGUAUUAAAAUUUUUAUCGGUUCAAAACUAAAAAAAAAUAUUUUUCAAUCUUCUUAUUUAAUGAUGAAUGUUUAUGAUUAGAAUAAGUACACAAAUAUUAUACGUUAAUUGAUGAUUCAGUGUUCAUGCUGUAUACAUAUGUAUGUAUCUACAAUGCAAAAUCAAGAAUAAAGUUAGUAUUUAGAUUCUUUUGGUUGACAGAAGAAUUUUAUUCUUUCUUAAAUUUUAUCAAAUUGAUAAAUUUACAUUUUAUGCACAGGCUGAUUUUGUGUGUAGCACAAUAUUAUUUAUUAUCGUUUAGAAUGGCAUGUAGACACUCUAAAAUAGGUAAAACCAGAAGUAGUUCAAAACCAAUUGCUUCUUAUCUUUUUGAAAAAUUAUUAGUAAUAUAUGACAAA